AUGACGGUAUUGGUAUCGUCAAGGCGGGAAGAAACAACCAAGAAGCCGAAGGAAAAUGACAAAAAGCAAGCUGAAGAAGAGAAAACCAAUGAUGAGGAAGUAAUAGUAAGUAAGAAUACUCCAGAGAAGCUCAAAGAAAAGGGAGAGCCAACCAAGGAACAAAAGCAGGAAGCUGAGAAAAGCUUUAUUCCUCCACUGCCAUACCCCCAGAGAUUCAACAAGGAAGCAAAGGAUCAACACUUUCAUAAGUUCCUUGAGACUUUUAAGAAGUUAGAGAUAAAUAUUCCCUUAGCUGAGGCACUGGAGCAAAUGCCCUUAUACGCCAAGUUCCUGAAGGAGCUUAUUAACAAAAAGAGAAGUUGGCAAGAGAAUGAAACCAUACUGCUCACUGAAGAAUGCAGAGCAUUAAUACAAAAAGGACUUCCACCUAAACUUGAAGAUCCUGGAAGCUUCUUUCUACCUUGUGCCAUUGGUAGUAUGACCAUCAACAAGGCGAUGUGUGACUUAGGGGCUAGUAUCAACCUGAUGCCUUCUUCUUUAGUGAAGAAGCUGUGCAUAGAAGAAGUGAAACCAGUACAAAUGUCCUUAGAACUGGUGGACAAGUCAGUGAUAUGUCCCAGGGGUGUGAUUGAGAACCUUCUAGUAAAAGUGGACAAAUUCAUCUUCCCAACAGAUUUUGUGAUCUUAGAUUUAGAUGAAGAUGAAGGUGAUUCCAUUAUAUUGGAAAGACCAUUCUUAGCCACAGUGAGGGCCAUUAUAGACGUAGAGCGAGGAGAGUUAACCCUCAGAAUGCAUGAUGAAAGUGUCAACCUGAAUGUACUUCCAAAAACAUAG